GAGCUUCGGUAUUGUUUCAUUUUUAAUUCAUGGAAACUAUUAUCGCUCACGUUCGUGAAGGGAAUCUUCAUGAAGUAAAAUUAUGGUUAGAUGAUAUAGAAAACGAUGUAAAUCAGGGCGACGAACAUCGGUUCAGCCUGUUACAUUGGGCUGCACGUGAAGGACAAAGAAAUAUAGUUGAUUUAUUGGUUAUUCGUGGAGCUCGUAUUAACGCUACAAAUAUGGGUGAUGAUACAGCUUUACAUUUAGCCGCAGCUCAUGGACAUUUUGAUGUUGUACACUAUUUGUUAAAUUCUCACCGACUAAAUGUGGAUGCUGCAAAUGAACAUGGUAAUACAGCUUUACACUAUGCUUGUUUUUGGAACCAUUUAGAAAUUGCUGAAUAUUUGAUUAAAAAUGGAGCAUGUCUUAUGCAAGAAAAUAAAUAUGGUGAAACUCCAUUAGAGCUAAUUCGUCCACGUGCUGCGGCAUUAAUUGCUCCAUUAGCACAAGCUUUAGGACAUGAUUUAUCUCAUCGUCGACCUUUUCGUGAUACAAGCUGGAUUGGUACAAAAACACGAGCACGAGAUGCUACUUUAUAUCGUCUUGAAGGUGAAUCAUGGGAUCCUCGAGAAGUUGAAUUAACAGGUGCCUUAGCUGAUGGUCAUGGUGCUGAGGUACUGAAAGGUUCAUUUAGACGGUGUCCUGUAGUUGUGAAAAUGUUAAAACUACGAAAUUGUUCAACAAGACAGGCACGUGAUUUCAAGGAUGAAUUCCCGAAACUUCGCAUCUUUAAUCAUCCCAAUAUACUCCCAGUAUUGGCUAUUUUUACUGCCACGCCACGUUUAUGCCUUGUCAGUGACUUUAUGCAAUAUGGAAGUCUUUUUGAUGUUUUACACCAACCAGCUGAAGCCAAUAUACACGGUACAACUGAGAUAAGUCAUCGACAAGCUUUACGAUUUGCUGUUGACAUAGCCAAAGGUAUGGAGUUUCUACAUUCACCAGAAUUAAAAGUUCCCAAUUUUCGUUUGAACUCCAAACAUGUAAUGGUAGACGAAGAUAUUGCUAAAAUUGGUGUUUGGGAUACAGUUGAUACUGUUACACAUGGACAGAAUAUACAACAGUCAAUUAUACCUGAUGAAUCGUUAAUUGCUCGUUUAGAUAUGGCAGAUUACAAAUUUUCAUUUCAUGAAAAAGCUCGAGAAUACAAUCCAGCUUGGAUGUCACCUGAAUCUUUACAAAAAAAAGCAAGCGAAAUAAAUCUUGAAGCUUCAGAUAUGUGGAGUUUUGGUGUUAUACUCUGGGAAUUAACAACUCGUAUGAUACCAUUUGAUGGAAUAAAUCCUAUGAUUAUUGGAAUGAAGAUAGCUACAGAAAAUCUUCGUCUUCCAAUUCCACCUGAUUUGGACAGUCGAAUUGUACGUCUAUUCGAUUUAUGUACAAAAGAUGAUCCUGGUAAACGCCCAAGAUUUGAUAUUCAACUCAUUCAGUUAUUAGAUAAAAUGCGUGAACGUGCUUCUCAAUGAAAUGCUUAAUUCACUACUGAUAUCGAUCCCGAUAAAUUUUUAAUUAGUUACAUUGUGGUCAAGAGGAUUUAAGUGGCGCAUGCUCAUUAUAAUAAAACUAGCAUCACAGCGUUUUCAACACAAAAUAAUGUUCUUAUUCUAUGCUUCAUCUGCGAUAUUUUAUCUCCAAUAUGAACUUUCGUGUAUGUGUAGUAUAUUAAAUACAUAUAGCAUGUUCAUGAACAGCUAUUUUUGGUUCAAUAAUAUCUUAAAAUCGUGUUUUCUAUGAAAGUUAUUUCCUUUUUCCUUAGGUCUAUGGAUAUUUGAUUUCUCCAGUGGUGUCUCUCUGAAAUAAGCGUAUUUAUCGUAAUUUCAACCCUAAUAGUUAUUUUAAAAGGCGUUUUGCCAAUUCUUUCAUAUUGAGCUUAACAGUAUAAUAUUGUCUUCUUGUUAUACAAUCACAGCUGAUAUAUAUAUAUAUA